AUGCCAAGGAAACCGCUUUCGUUCAGCAUUAAGAAUUCAGAGUCAACGAGGCGACUAAGUCUGGGACAUGUGGCUCUCAUCGUGGUUAUGGGAGUCUGCUACGUUGUAAACCAGGGCGGCGGCGGGUACGAUCUCACGUACUUGGUUGCCCGCAGGACCUCCAUCACCACUGCGGUAACCAGCGAUGCGGCAGCUUCUUGCCCACCACUCAAACCGCUUCCUCCGAUCAAGGGUCGCAAUGAAAUUGCCUUGUUUUUGCAGGAAAUGAACUUUACCCACGGGAUUGAGAUUGGCGUCCAACGAGGAAACUUUGCCGCUCAUAACUUGGGGACUUGGACCGCUUGUCAAAACUACAAACUCGUGGAUCUAUGGGCCCAACAAAACUUGGAAACCUACAAGGACGUUGCCAAUGUCAAUAAUCAGCAACAUGAAAACUUUUACCAAGAAACCCAAAACAGGCUCUCACCAUGGAAACACAAGACGGAGUACUAUCGAAUGAUGUCAGUUGAUGCAGCCAAGUACACGGCAAAACAGGAAAUGCAGGUGGAUUUUGUCUAUGUCGACGCCCGGCAUGAUUACUGCGGUUGCAAGGAAGAUAUUGAAAACUACUGGCCCUUAAUCAAGCCAGGAGGGAUCCUCGCCGGACACGACUUUAUGCAUAAUGACGAAGUUCGUCCCCAAGACUGGUCCAUUUGCUCAGAUGGAUCCAUCCAUCCCGAGGCCGUCAAGGGAGCUGUCAUGGAGUUCGCCAAUAAGCAUGGACUGCCCUUGCAUUUGACCUAUCGAGAACCAAAGUGGAACUCUUGGUGGAUGCAAAAACCAUUAUGCUAA